AUGAAGGGCAUUUUGAAGGCUGCCAGCAGCGGGGGCGCUGCGGAAGGGGCCUUUUGCAGAGAGUCGGCCGCAGGGCAGGGACAGUUUUGGGCGAGGGCAGACCAGCGUCAGGCCGCGGAUGUCGACAUGAUGCGAGCUGGGGUUCCGGCCAAGGCCAGGGAGGACAUACUCGCGAAGAAGAAGGCGGAAUGGAUGCGCCAACAACGGGGGGAGCAGCUCGACCCGCACGCCGCCGUCAAGUUUUCCAACCAGCCGGCUCAAGUCAGAGUCAUACCCCCUGCCGAUGUUGUUGAUGCAUCCGCCGAGAGGGAGAAGGAACGAGCCGUCCGACCCGUCAAGGGCCCCGAUCCGUACAGGACAAUGUCGUUUUUGUCCCUGUCUCCUCCCAAGUACAGCACGUCGAAACCGGCAGAAGGACGCGCCGUCCACGAGCGCUCGGCAGUCAAGACGCUACGAAUCACCCACCCCUACCCCUACCCCUACGCCGACUUCACCAGCAAGCUCGACGUGCAGAAGAGCGUGCAGAUCAUGGCGGAGGAGGAUCGGCGGCGGCGGCGCCCCGGCAGCCCGUGCGCCAGGGGGAAACAGCCGGCGGAGCAUUGCUGGCAGCGACCCAAUUUUGGCAUGGGCCGUCCAGACAGGCAGCUUGCUUGGUACCUGCGGUUCAGGUACAUGGGCAGAGCGCUGCGGCAAACCCGAUGA